AUGUCAAACCAAUUAUCUUCAACUGAGGCCGAUAUUGCAACUUGUCAAUAUUGUUCAAAGCAUUGGAGUUAUGGUCAUCCUGCAGAAAUAGAAGCUUAUUUUGUGAAUAUUUGUCCUGAAGUUUCUAAAGACAUAAAAGAUUAUUGGCAAGAAUUACUUUCUGAUAAAAUUAUUAGUUAUAAUAAUCCAUUUAUAGCUAAUUUAUUUAAUACUCUUAAUUCAGCAUAUGUUUUACCUAGCUGUAUAACCUUUUCUAAUAGAUUACUUGAACAAGAAACUGCAAAAAUCAAUUUAAAAGUUGAUGCAGAAUUAGAAAAAUGCAAGUUUUUAACACUUGCUCUUGGUGGAUGGUUGUCACCAAGUGGAAAUUCAAUUUAUAAUUACAUAAUAUCAACUACAGAUCAGCAUGAAUAUCUUAUUACACUUAAGGAUUAUUCAAAAAUAUCCCAAACAGAAGUAUAUAUUACCAAUGAAAUCGAAUCCAUUAUUGUAAAUAUAGAAGUAAAGAAAGUUGCUGAAAUUGUAACUAAUAGUAAUAAAUUGGUUUACUAUGAAAAAGACUUAACUCAACAAAAAUUAAGAAAUUCAGUCAACAAUUCUAUUUUUUCUGAUAUCAAUGAACAUUUACUUAAUACAAAUCAAGAAUACCAACUUUCAAAUAAUCAAGAAAUCACUUUAUCAGAAAUUGUUGAACAG